AUGCCAUUCCCACCCACCCCCACAGGCGAGAGCAGCUCCCACUCCGGUAAUUGUCAUUGCGGUGCUGUGCGGUUCAGCUUCACGAUAUCCCCGCCCCUGCACGAGUACCCCGCCAAUAGCUGCAACUGCUCCAUCUGCACAAAGAACGGUUACUUGCUUGUGUACCCGUCUACCAAGGAUCUUACCAUCGAAAGAGGAGAGGAUGUCCUAAAAGAUUAUCACUUUACCGAGCGCAAGGUGAAGCAUCGCUUUUGCGGAGAGUGUGGAAGCAGUUGCUUCAUCUGUCCUCCAGACGAGGGAUUUCGGAUCACUGCCGUCAAUGUCCGACUACUACAGGACAUUGACAUUGAGAAACUGAUUAUCAACAAGGUUGAUGGAAGGUCGGUUGGAAAAGAGUACAAAGUCUAG